UGCAACUCCGUUCUAGUAGUCACUGCCGCGCAAGCAUGGACUCUGGGCCUGAGGAGCUGAUGCCACGGCUCCUUCCAGUAGGGAAGUGCGACCUGAUGGAGGAUUUCGAUCCUGCAGUUCCCCCUCGCACACCGCAGGAAUAUCUGAGGCGGGUCCAGAUUGAGGCUGCACGAUGUCCUGAUGUAGUCAUUGCUCAGAUUGAUCCUAAAAAACUGAGAAAGAAGCAAACAGUCGGUAUUGCUCUGUCUGGAUGCCAGCCUGCUCCUGAAGGAUAUUCACCAAGUCUCCUAUGGCAGCAACAGCAGGUAGCUCAAUUUUCAGCUGUACGUCAGAGUCUCAACAAGCACAGAAGCCAUUGGAAAACGCAACCCCUUGACAGUAAUGUAAUGAUGCCAAGCACAGAGGAUGAGGAAAGUUGGAAGAAGUUCUGUUUGGGUGAGAGGUUAUAUUCUGAUCUGGCAGCCGCACUCAACACUGAAAAUCUAAACACUGGGAUUGAUUAUAUAAAGGUGGGUUUCCCUCCUUUGCUGAGCAUUGUCAGUCGAAUGAGUCAGGCUACUGUUACAAGUGUAUUGGAGUACCUGGUGAAUUGGUUUGAAGAAACAGAUUUUACUCCAGAACUGGGUCGGUGGCUGUAUGCCUUGCUUGCCAGUUUGGAGAAACCCUUGCUGCCAGAGGCCCAUUCACUUAUUAGACAGUUGGCACGCAGAUGUUCGCAAGUCAGAUCUGGAGUGAAACACAGAGAAGAUGAGCGAGUGUCUGCUUUAAACCUGUUAAUAUGUCUAGUUGGAAGGUAUUUUGAGCAACGAGAUCUAGCUGAUCCUAGUGACCCAUCUUGAUGUUAUCCAACUACCCGACCCCCAUUUUUUCCCUACACAGCAAUACCUAAACCCAAGGAUUAAAUUGUGCACCAACGAUCUUUUCUUUUGCAAAUUUUGAGAGAAAAGUAUUAUCAUAAUCAAUGUUUGCAUGUUAAUAUCUUCCAAAUCAGUAGUAAUAAUGAACUUGGCAUCAAAGACUCAAAAAAAUAAAUCAAUGCUGAUCUACACUUUAAUCAUUAUUGGCCAAUAAUAGAGAGUGUAAGUGCCUAAAAGGUUUUGGAAAACUUAUGUUCAUACCGUUUAACUCCCCUGCAUCGAACCCAGUUCCUGCUAGAAGGACCUGCAUGAAUUCCUUGCUGGGACUGAUGCGGUUGAAGCCGUUUGUAGCAUGUAAAACUGUGAAACUUACAGAUCCUUAUUUGUAUUGCUUCAUUUUCUUACUGUUUGGUGCAUGUGGAUAUUUGCCUCUGCCUUUUUUCAUGAGAUCUAAACAUAUAUUUUGUAUACAUAAAAUGACACAAAUUACUAUGUUAUUGAAUAACAUACUGUUAUGCAGAGGUCAGUCUUCCUCCCCUUUAAAUGUUUAAGAAAAUUUUACCGUAUGUAAUUUUAUGUGCUAACUAUACAGAUAAAUACUUUAAAGGGGUUCUCUGGAAAUGACCAUCAGCAACUUGUCCUAGCGUGGAGUAGGAUUGGUUGCCUCUAUUAGCAGAGCUGACUAUGGGGGAGGGGGUUAGGGGAUGAGGCCUCACUACAGUUCUCUACAAUAGGUGGUGCAAUUCUGCCUUUUGAUAUGCCAUCAUGGCUGAGCAACCUGACAGGAAAACUCACCAAUAUGUAGUAUAUGCAAGUGCUAGAGCAGUGAUGGCGAACCUUUAAGAGACAGAGUGCC